AUGCUUACCAGUGGCACAGCUACUUCAAACGACGACAAAUCAUUUCUCCAAGAUAUCAGCAAAACUGACCCCGUUCACGAUAAAAAACGUAUUCUUAUGCUCAAGGGCCCUUUACUAUGGGAGUCAUUCAGUUGGAUUUUUGGGCAUCAAGAGUUCAACAAAUGGCGCCAUACCAAGCAGAGUGGCGUCUUCUGGAUCAAAGGCGACCCUGGCAAAGGCAAGACAAUGCUACUUUGCGGCAUCAUUGAGGAUUUGGAAAAGGAUUCUCAGUGUGAGAAUCUAAGCUACUUCUUCUGCCAAGCCACGGACUAUAGGAUCAACAGUGCUGCCGCCGUUAUUGGCGGGUUGAUCAAGUCGCUGCUUAAGCAACAUCCGACACUCUUGACGCGUAUCCGAGAGAACUAUGGAGACGGACCUAAGGGUCAACUAGAUGGAGUUAACGCUCUCGCCAUUUUAUGCGAUAUUUUUGAGACCAUAAUCAAGGAUCCUGCCUUGACCGACAUCAUCUGUGUCGUUGAUGCCCUUGAUGAGUGCAUUAAGGACUACAGUCAUCUCCUCAAGCUUGUCGUCAAAACAAGCGAUCACGUCAAGUGGCUGCUAUCUAGCCGGAACGAAAAAUAUAUAGAAAAGGGGCUUGAGAAAGUUCCUCAAAGGCUUGUUUUGGAGUUGAAACAGAAUGCGGAGCAAAUAUCUCUCUCCAUUGAUGCAUAUAUUAGACACCACAUUAAGGAAAUUGGAGCCCUGGAUGAUGAUGAACAACUUCAGCGAAAGACAUUCGAUACGCUAAAAGGCAAAGCUCAAGGCACAUUUUUAUGGGUAGCACUCGUGGUUGAGCAAUUACACAGGACAGACCGUUGGGAGGUAGAAGACGUCCUGGAAGAGGUACCAAAAGAUCUUGAAGACCUCUAUGGUCUAAUAUUAGACCGAUCAGAGAAAUUGGGACGAAAGGGUCGAGAAGUUUGCCAAGUUUUACUUUCAAUCGUCACGACGGCUAAGAGACCUCUUCACCUCGGAGAGCUGCUUGUUUUCAUCAAUUCGCAUUGGAAGGACAGCAAGGGUUUCAAAACGACAUACGAUGUACGAGAUGUACGAGACAUGGCGAAAUCCUGUGGAUCUAUUUUAUCUAUCAGAGAAGAUACUGUCUACUUCAUCCACCAAUCAGCUAAGGAUUAUGUCGUGGAGAAUGCGGCUCAGCGUAUUUUCCCUAUUCUAUAUCAACAUUAUAAAAUGUUUGAAGCUUCACUAGAUGCCAUGUCUAAUACCCUCGAAUACGAUAUAUAUGGCCUGAAAGACCCUGGGAUACAUAUAGACGAUGUGCCCAAGAAGGACUUAGGCUCUGAUCCCUUGGCGUCUAUAAAAUAUUGUUGCGUAUUCUGGGUCGAGCACUUAGUCUUAGGCUUCCAAUUUGAAGGAUUUGAACACGACAAAUACCUCAAAGACGACGAAAGACUUCAUUCCUUCCUCAAAGAAAAAUUUCUUUGUUGGAUCGAAUCCUUAGCGCUCAUGCGCAACUUUUCCCCACAUGCUCAGAUUGCUCUUCAGAAACUCAGGGAUCUCAUCGAUUGCUAUUGUAAAAGCGAAAUGCAAAGCCUUAGACAAUUUCUUGAUGACGCCUAUCGAUUUGUUGAAAAUUUUAAAGAGUCUGUGGCUUAUUGGCCGUUACAACUCUACUUUUCAGCCAUGAGUUUUGAGCAAGACAGCAGUGUCAUCCGA